AUGGUUAAGGAAAACCAGCUUGUAUCCAACCCCGAAAACAAUGACAGUUACUGUCGUCCCUGCGAUCGGGUGUUCAUUUCACUCGAUGGAGGUCUGAAUCACUGCCGCAAUGCCGACGCCCACCGAGGAGAGUGGUGCGAGCGGUGCAAGUGGUUAUUCGUCUCACCUCAGGCAUGCCAGUAUCAUGUGGACAAUUCCCACCGGCAUAACGUCUGUGUGCCUUGCGACCUGGACUUUGGUACCGCCGCGCUGCUCAGAUCGCACGACGUCGAAGUCCACAACAUGUGCGCGCCGUGCAACACGUAUUUCCGCAGUCCGGCCCGUCUCAACUCUCACGACAUUGCUGUCCACAACAUGUGUGCGGAAUGUGGCAAAUACUUCAACAACCCCAAUGAUCUGACACAGCACAAGCGAAGUCAUCUCCCUUUGGAAAUCGAGUGCCUCGGCUGCGACCGCAUGUUUUCGGAAUUCGCUGCCAUGAUGAUCCAUCUGGAAUCGGGCAAGUGUGUGAGUGGGAUUGAUAGGGACGAUGUCGACAACUAUAUCUUCGACACUUACGAGAGAUGCGGCGCCUAUGUCAAUCACUUGCUCGACGACAAGCGAUAUCAGUGUCCCGACUGUGCAACCGACUUCCGCUUCGCGAGUGCUCUGUGCCAGCACGUGGCGACCAACGGAUGCGAUCAGCCGCCUAUGAGUACCUUUUACGACAUUGAAAAGAGUAUCAAGUUGCGAAUCUAG